GCAGUUUCGAGCGAACAAAAAAGGUCACUAGAACCGGGAAAUAAUUUCAGAUACGGUUUCUUUGUUGAAAUGCUGGACAAAGUGCAAAGUUCUCGGAAUGGUAUGGGCGAAUUGGGGCGAAAAGUGCGCGGCGAUAGAUGGAAAAAUCAGCUUUUUGUAGUCGAAAGCCAUCUGUUAAGAUAAGCGAAGUCAGUGAUUUGCUGGUCAAUUCAUCUAUCCACAGUCACACUACCAAAAAGCAGGAAGAACAACGGAAUAAUGAAACGGCAAAAAGAAUUUUCGCGCAGAGCAUCGUAACCAGCGCUGUGAUGCUAAGCUCGGCGAGCUGCGGCAUGCCCGUCGGUUAUUCAGCCAUUCUGCUACCGCAACUCAAAUUUCUCAACGACUCAAUGAAAAUCGACGACGAAAUCGGCUCCUGGAUCGCUAGCAUCCAUUCAGCGGCUACUCCAUUGGGUUCGUUGGUUAGCGGAGUACUGAUGGAGCGUUGCGGUCGAAAAUUAGCCCUGCAAAUCGCCUCGAUACCGCUAAUAUCCGGUUGGGCUAUGAUCGCUUUCUCCACCAAUCACUCCGUGCUAUUGCUGGGCAGGCUCGUGGCAGGAUUCUCAUCAGGACUGGCCGCAGCCGCCGGACAAGUGUUCAUCGGGGAAACGUCGGAGCCCCAUUUGCGGGGGUUCCUCACCAGCGUGCCCUUGGCUAGUUACUCGUUCGGUAUUCUUUUGGUGUACGCGUUGGGUUCGUUCCUACCCUGGAGAUACGUUGCAGUGGCAAGUACCGGAUUACCUAUAGUAUCGUUGAUAGUGUUUUUCCUACUACCUGAGAGCCCGACUUGGUUGGUAAGGCAUGGAAAAUUGGAGGACGCUAAAAAUGCCCUGACUUGGUUAAGGGGUGGCAAUAAAUGCAAGGCUAAAGAAGAAACCCAACACCUCGUAGACCGUUUGGAAGCCGAAUCUCAAAGCGAUGGAAAAUUUUCGAUAAGAAAUCUGUUCAAACGCGAAGUGAUAAAACCGCUCAUUAUCUUAAACGUUUUCAAUACAAUGCAGCUGUUAUCUGGAACGUAUCUCAUCGUCUUCUACGCCGUAGAUAUUCUAAGUUACUUGCAGAUAGGCGAAAAGAAACUGGACCAUUUCGUCGUCGCUAUAUUAACGGCUUUCGUCCGAUUCGUUUUCUCCAUUUUCGGCUGUAUCCUUCUGGCGUUUAUCGGCAGGAGAACUCUAGCCAUUACGUCCGGUUUAGGCACGGCCUUGUCAGCUUUAUUUCUCGGGACGUUUUUGCACCAGAACUGCCAAGGCUUCAACUACAUCCCGGCCCUUUUCGUGUUAAUCUACGUCGCCAGUAACACGCUCGGUUUCCUCAUCCUGCCGGGAGUUCUGCUGGCCGAGCUGUUUCCGGCGAAAAUCCGCGGCCUCUCCGGCGGCCUGACGUUCAUGCUCUUCAAUUCGAUGCUGUUCGGAACGUCGAAGGUGUUUCCGUUCGUGCGAGGCGCCAUCGGCAUCUCCGGCGUGUUCUGGACGUUCGGCGUCGCGUCGGCGACGGCCUGCGUGUUCCUGUACUUCUUUCUGCCGGAGACUAAAUCGCGGAGUUUGAGCGACAUCGAGGAUUAUUUCCAAAGGAAGGGGUUCUUGUGGACGAACGGGGGCCGAAAGGACGACGAGACUGAUCAUUUUCGUAGCUGAUUCGGUGGAUUCUGAAAAGCGCGUUUCUAAUUUAUAUGAGUUGCAG